CGAAACGACCGCCAUAGUCGUUAGGCAUUCCCGCGCGCGUUGCCGCCAGCCGAGCACGUUUCGCGCCACUAUUUGACAGUUCACUUUUUUUACGUGUCAGUGUUGACAAAUAAAAAGCAAUUAUUUAAAUAAAAACUUUUUGGUAAUUAUUUUGUGUGACAAGUGUUGAAAUCCGAAAUGAAUCAAGUUAUGGAAUUCCACCACGACCAUGAUCACGACCACGACCAUGACCACGGCGGUUGCGGGUCCAGCCACAAGAUGGUGUUCCACGCGGGCGUCUGUCAAGAGAUCCUGUUCGAAGGAUGGAUGACCACAACAGCAUUGGAGCUGUUCGGGUCCGCUGUGGCGAUAUUCCUCGCUGCUGUACUCUACGAAGGGCUUAAGUACUACAGGGAAGCUCUACACUCGAGGGCGACGUCCGCUACUGGGGACUCCCAAGUCAACAUAACCAAGAACGAGUGCGGGGCUGGUGGGAACUGUGGAGGAACAGCUGUCGUGAAGUACACAAUGCUGUCGUCGGGCCAUAUCAUACAAACAAUAAUGCACUUCAUACAGUCGACUGCUUCCUACAUCCUUAUGUUGGUGUUCAUGACUUACAAUGUAUGGCUCUGCCUGGCGCUGGUCUUGGGUCUAGCUGUGGGCUAUUUCUUCUUCGGAUGGAGGAAAAGCAGCGUCGUUGACGUCAAUGAACACUGUCAAUAAAC